UACAACGGGACGCACAGCAUCCGCCGUUGGUGUCGCGAGCUCUUUCGUUUUUUUUGUUCCUAAUUUCCGUAUUACUCGGACAAGUAAAAACUAGCCGAUUUAUUUUUUAUUCCCUUACGGACAGCAGCACAUUUGAUAUUGUCAGAGUCACUCGACACGGAUUGCGAGUCCAUGUAAAUCGCGGUCAAUUAAUUGGAUUUGGAAAACGGGAAAAACAAAUUUCAAACAUUAAACCGUUUUUGAGCAAGGGAGCAGCUGGUGGAAUGUUUUGCUAUCAUUGCCCAGCGCCCCCUCUUCACCCAACACCAUCUACACGGAUACCUUCGAUCGACUACCCGUUUUCCUCGUCGCACCCUUAUACUAGCUACUCGUAUCAUCCAGCCAUCCAUGACGAUUCAUUUGUUAGGCGCAAACAGAGGAGAAAUCGAACUACAUUUACUUUACAACAACUCGAGGAACUGGAGACGGCUUUUGCUCAAACGCAUUAUCCUGACGUGUUCACCAGAGAGGACUUGGCGGCUAAAAUUCAAUUGACUGAGGCCCGUGUUCAGGUCUGGUUCCAAAACCGCCGGGCGAAAUGGAGAAAAGCGGAACGGUUGAAAGACGAACAGAGGAAACGAGAAGAACAUGACCGGACGGGUACUCUGCAAGAACAUUUGGAUCAUAUGGCCAAAGACAUGCAACACUCUCCAGGUUCCAAAGGUUUGAUGGAAGAAGAACACAGGGAUGAUUUGAACAGUGGAAGCGAAGCGGAUGAAGACGCCAGGACAAGUACGGUGCAUAUAUCCGACAGAAGCGAAUCUCCAGCCAGUUGCAGUGGUAUGAAUGGUAGCGGCACCGAAGAUAGACCAACGUCACCAUCGCCCACCGAGAACGAUACCAACGUCCCGGACUCGCCUACUCCAAGCACAAGUCCAGCAUCCCAAAUCCGACCUGCCAUCAGUGUGGGCACGUCGACGUUUAAUCAUUCCAUUUUCACGCCGUUCUCGACUGAAGGUAACGGAUUUAGACCCGUCACCGAUCCUGUCAUAUCCAGACCUUUGUUCCUACCGCCACAUUUCGGAUCGUUGCCUUCUCCGCUAUUCACCGGCCUCAAAGGAUUCGGAUGUAGUUGCUGUACGAUGAAACCCUUUGGAUCAAUGACCGAUAGCCAUAGUGUAAACGGAAACAGCGGAAAUGCUGAACAUCGUUCCUCCAGUGUGGCCGAACUCAGAAGAAAGGCUCAAGAACAUUCAGCUGCGUUGUUCCAUAGCUUACAACACGUGGCCAACAUGCAACACCACGCGGCCGCGGCCGCAGCGUUUCAGUUGCCAGUCGGCCUCGGACUUCAGUUACCGUCUCUCACGUCCACUUUGCAUGCCCUAGCUGCCAACAGGAAGCCCGACCAACAACAAAUGUCUCUUCCGCAUCCCCAGCCCUUAUCGUUAACUACGGUGUCCACCGAGACAACAGGUACCCCAACUACGUCUAGUUCGCCAUUACUUCCGUCAGAAUCUAACAACAAUAACAAUUAACGCAAAACGUGAACACAUAACUUAAUCAAAAAAAAUAUCGUCAUCGACUGUUUUCAUAAACUAAUUAAGUAAUUGUGUUACUAAAAUGGUUUUUUUUAUAUAAAAAAUUCAAAAUAUUUUAUUGCCAUUUAUUAAAUGUAUUAUUGUAACUUUAGAUAUUAGUUAUUAUGUGUAGAUAUGAUACAUAUUUCUUGAUAAUGAUCUUUAGCGAAAAAAAAUUAUAAAAGUUAAUUCAGAUCUAUGAUAUUAAACGUCUCAUGUAAAAUAUUAAUUAGGUAUACAUACAUGUAUUAAUAUUAUAUUUAUAGACACACCGUAUAGUUCGUUUAACAUUUAAUUUAUGUUUGUAUUAAAACGCAUGUAAAUAAUUUUGUAUAAAAUAAAACAAGCGUAUCGCAAUAGACAGUUACAAAGUAGCAUUAAGUAAUUGUUACCUUUAGCGUUUUAACUAAUGUAUUGUAAAUGUAUUUUUUUCUUAAUGAUUAUACUUAUUCUGCUAUGUGUGAAUUACUAUUAUUGUAAUUGUAAUUAUUAAAUUAUUUUUAGUCCUUAUACUAAAUAUAGUGUUUUUUUUGUGCUAUA